UUAAAGCCACGUAUUGUAGUGCUUUUCAAUCCCAUGAUUGUAUGUUCUUGAUUAAGUCCAUGUUAGAUCAGAUAAUGAGGUCGAGUGUAGUGACAGUCAUUUGUUUCAAGCUUUGACUUUUUUUUCUCCUUCUUUUUCAUUAUUCCUCAGGGGUAAUUUUGACCUGACAGAGCAGUUUGUGUCUGGUUGCUGUCAGGAACCUCUUCCUGGUCUGAUUCUUAAAGUGUUUUGAGUCCUCUCUUACUCAAAUGACAUAACACGUUGGUUUGCAAGACAGGGAGAGAAAAAUCAAGCAGACCGCUAUAAGGUUUUUCUCUCUUGCUCUUUGCACGCCUGUGCAUAAAGACUUCGAGCCUAGCGAUGAUCACACAGCCAGAGAGGAGCCAGACGAGGAAGUUAGGAGGAGGGACGAGUGCAGUGGCGUGGUGUGUGUGUGGGGGGGAAUAAUUUAUACUGGAUUCUCCGGACGCCUUCAGCGCUGUUAAAUCGGAGGAUCGCUCAAGUUCUGGUUUAGUACCCAAAGCAGUAAUGCGCACAAAAAGGACGCGAGACCCCACUGCUGCCGCGCAUCUGCUCUGAAGCGAGUUUUUAACACGCUGUCUUUUUAAGAAAGUCACUCACCUUUGCUGUCAAUGUCAGCACAGGUAGUGAAGAGGAUCCCGGAAGAACUCGUAGUGCAGGUUACCAGGUUGUUUGCAUAGCCUUUUAUUCCAAAGUGAGUGAGCGCCGAUGGACUUGUUUACCACUUUCAAAAAGUAGUUAUUCUUUCUUGAAGUUGCUUUAAAGUAAAGGGACGGAAAGAAGAUGAAGGAGCUGAGGAAGAAGAAGCUGUACGUGGCGAUGGACGUGCUGUGCGUUUUAGUUGCGGCACUGCCAUUCAUCAUUAUGACCAUUGUGUUCAAGCCGUAUCAAAGAGGGGUUUACUGUGACGACCAGAGCAUCAUGUACCCCCUAAAACCAGACACCAUCACCCACAGCAUGCUGGCAGCUGUCACCAUCUCCUGCACUGUCAUCAUUAUAUCCUCUGGAGAAGCUUAUCUGGUCUACAGCAAGAGGAUUUACUCUAAUUCUGACUUCAACCAGUAUAUAGCUGCACUCUACAAGGUAGUGGGCACCUUCUUGUUUGGCGCAGCUGUUAGCCAGUCGCUGACCGACCUUGCCAAGUUCACCAUCGGCCGCCCGAGACCUAACUUCAUGGCCGUAUGUGCCCCCAAGGUCUGCAUGGGAUAUGUGCAGGUGAUCAACUGCACUGGCAAGCUUCAAGACGUCACAGAGUCCAGAUUAUCCUUCUACUCUGGUCACUCCUCUUUUGGAAUGUACUGCAUGCUCUUCCUAGCGCUUUACGUGCAGGCGAGACUGGUGGCUAAGUGGGCUAGGCUUCUCCGGCCCACCAUCCAGUUUUUCCUGGUGGCCUUUGCGGUGUAUGUGGGUUACACCCGAGUCUCUGAUUACAAGCACCACUGGAGCGACGUGCUGGUGGGGCUGCUGCAGGGAGCGCUUGUUGCUAUGCUCACUGUGCACUUUGUGUCAGACUUCUUUAAGAAGCGUCCUCCACGUUGCACUAGGCCAGACACAGCUGAUAGCGAAGAGCCGGAGAGGAAACCCAGCCUGCAGAUUGCAGAGUCCGAGCACAGCAACCAUUACAACUAUCACCACAAUCCAGGCCCUGUGUGAUAGGGGCUGAUGCUGGGGAACAAAGGCUGCAGCCUGCAGACCCCAAACCUGUGUGAUAGGGUCCAACUCUGGGCCUUUAACCUUGAUUGUGCAGUCAACAGCAUUUAGUUCAGGGAAUAACCUGGGUCAUCUGCAGCCAUGCCUCUGUAGGCUGCCCGCUGCAGACUCCUGAUGCUUUGUGAGAAGUCCUAUGAGUAUCUAUAUGAAUUCUACAACCAACCCUUUGUAUAUCUGUUUGAAAGGAGUUAAGCUAGGGAUCUGGUCUGUAGCUUGCAGCCUCCAAGCCCCAAGCUCCCUCCCUCUGUGUCAACCACUCAGACCCCACCUACUCCCCAACCACUGGACUGACUGAGGGGCUGCAUCCCAUCUCCAGGUGCCUGAGCCCCCUCUCAAAGACUCCAUGAUGACCUCCUUUUCUCCUGUAAGAGAGAGAGGACCAUAUUGUUUUUAAGACAUCAUUGUUGAUGUUGAAGCAUAUGUGCUUAAAGCUGCAUUAAGCGAAAGACUCCAAAACCACAGCAACAAAGCUAUGACAUGGCUAUGAUACACUAAGAGCUUGUGGCUAAUGUGUUAGCAAACAAGUUACACACAGCAGAAAUAGAGGAACAUGGGCAUCCCAGUGAGAGUCCUCUCCUGCCAACUGACAAAUGUAAGUCUUAUAUCCACUCCUCUUUAUGCCCCCACCUCCUGAGAAAUAUAUGCUCUCUUUGGCUUGAUACAUGCUCCACUUUCUAUACAUGUCACUUUUUAAUUAGGCUUACUGUUUUGCAGUGAGCGUACAUUCUGUUUCUCAGGCUGUGUUUGGAAACAGCUGCCCACAGUUUUAUAUAAUGGUCCAGGAGUACUUUGAUUUAAUGUUAAUAUCAAAUAUAUCGCUUAAUGGAGCUUUAACAUGUGUUGUGUUUAACUUGUGUGUUUUUAAUUUUCGUAUGUAGAGAACCAAAUGUGUUGGCAGUGAUGAAAAAAUGUAAGAAUAAGAGGAAGAAAGACAAGAAUGUUUGUAAAUGUUGGUAAAGGCACAGUUUGUUGAUUAGCUUCACUUUAAUGCACCUUAAACUGGCUACACACUAGAAGAGUGUUGCAGAUCAUAACAAAUUAUUGGAAUGGCAACCAAUUCACAGUGGAUGAGUUACUUUUCUCCAUGUAUCAUGUCAUCCUGUUUGUAAAAAGGCUCACAAACUAAAAAUGUCAGCUGCAGGCCACCCCAAAGCUGUUUUGAAAGGAGAUGUAUAUCGACUUGCCAAGCUAAGAGCAACAUUCAGAGGUUAUCCUAUGAUCUGAAAUAAGCUGACGAAAUGUUUCUGCCAGCUCUCGUAACUGCCACACAAACAGGUCUGGGUAUCUACUCUGACAAACUAUAUGAUGUUUGUGAAGUGACUACACAGGCUUGUCGUGCCUGGUGAUUCACACUACUUUGAUCAGCUCUGAUUCACUAGUACCAUUGGAUUUUAACUCCUAGCAGUUAUUCUUAGUGGCAACUCUAAAUGUCUUGUUGUAUCACUGCCCAAGUGUGUCCAGAUAAGUGUCUGACUUGUUAAAUAAUCUCGCCAAUGUUAACUAGUCUGAAUCUGAAUUAAGGAGAGGACAUAAACUGAGUCUUAAACUUUAAAGAUCCAGUGUGUAGGAUUAAGUGGCAUCUAGCGCUGAAAUUGCAGUUUGCAACCAUUUGAAUACCGCUUGCAUCAGCCUCCCCUUCCAAGUGUGUAGAAGAAACUCCAGUGGCCAAGAAACUCCGGUGGCCACUAAACUCGCGAAAAACAUGAACGGCUCUAUCUAGAGCCAGUAUUUGGUUUGUCCAUUCUGGGCUACUGGCGAAACGUGGCGGUGCAACAUGGUGGCCUCCGUGGAAAGGGACCCGCUCCCUAUGUAGAUAAAAACGGCUUAUUCUAAGGUAAUUAAAACACAACGAUUCUUAUUUUCAGGUGAUUAUACACUAAUUAAAACAUACUUAUAACUAUUAUAUUCCAUUUCUGCCAAUAGCUCCUCCUAAAUGUUACACACUGGACCUUUAAAGUCAGCUCAACAGUAGUGAUGCUUUUCUAAAAUGUAUACAUUUAAUUGUGGAGUUUGUGAAUGAUGUUUCCCCUGUGUGAAAUGGACUGCAGAGGUAGAAAUCAUUGAUGCAGAUAGCUUUAAUUUCUGUUGGACUUUAUUUGUCAUACCACUACUAUACUGCCAAUCAAAUAUUAAGAAAUUUGGCCUCUAUCUUGUUUUCUUUUCUAUUUUACUGUGGGUUUUUUUGUCUCUUAAAUAAUAAUGAUCAAAGAAGGAUGAGACAACCAUUUUGAAAAUGGUGUUUAAUUUAUUUUAAAUACAAGAAGUUCUUAAUUUAGUCUUACAAGGUUGGAAAUGCCAGCGCUGUUAAGGUUUUUGUGCAAUCAACCCUGCUUGCCACUAUGAGCCACAAAUAUUGUAUAUACUAAUGCUAUGAGACACGUUUCAUGUUGCAUGAAGGAUGUAUAUAUAUGCUUGUAUGUUUUUAUUUCACAUGUAGGUACAUUUUAAUUUCACCUGUACAGUGUGCUUUGGCCCAUGCCUUCUCAGACUGGUGGCUGUUGGAGUUGCCACACAAACUGAUCCAAUUCCAGGUCCAAACAUAAGCCAGAUGCCUUGGCAGGGCUUUUAAAGGGCUGUUAUGAUAAAGGGUUACAUACCCAACUGUGUUUUUGAAGCUAGUUACACUGUUCCCACUUCAAAGAUUCGUCUGUGUUCCUUUUCCCCUUCCUGUGUUGAUAGAUGGGGUUAAUUUGUGAAUAAGGUCUCCUAUACAGUUCUUGUACAGCAUGCAGAUGCCUGGAGGACUGACAACAGAUCAGACAGACCACAAACCUGAUAGGGGGGAGACAGGAAGACAGAGAGAAUCUCACCUGGUAGUGAUUGUGAAGCCCUGAAGCUGAGCAGGGACUGUAGAAAGACGGGGUACUUUAGGGUGUGGGAUGUGGGGUAUCCCGUGGUGAACCUCGGUCCCUGGGGUCUUCUACACAUUUAAAACACAGAAUUACAACAAGAAACAGCUGGAACUGGUUGUGGUGAAGUGCUGUGUGAGCCCCCUCCCCUGCUCCCUACAUCUAAAUCAUCUGUGUAUUACUACAGCCAAACUAAUAGCCUAAAUGAGGAUGAGGAUGUAGAAACGUCAUGGUAUUUGAUUUCCUUCCAGCUUUAUGAAAACCAAGGUUCGCAGCUAGUGAUGUGGCACUAUGUGUUAUUAUGCUUUAUUGAAUUAGUGCCUUGGCACUGGUUGGCCAAUCUCCUGUUUAUAUGUCAACUUGUAGGAAUGAUUCAUGUUGUUUGAUUUUUGUAUAUAGAUUAUAUCUAUAGGCUCUAAACCAGAGAAUUUUAAAUAAAGAUAUAAUCCACA